AUGUUGCCGGGAAACGCCAUUGUCCAUCGCCGGAGACUUGUUGCUACAGCAUUAAUCAGAUGCAGUAAAACUUGUGUCGCGGAAAAUUAUAACACGGUUGGAAUUAAAUACCGGAAGUACUGUGGAGUAGGGUGGACCGGGUGUCCAGGAGAGAAACCUUGUGAUGAUUUGGAUGCUUGCUGCAAGAUCCAUGAUGAGGGUGUUGAAAAAAAUGAUGGAAAAGAAGUCAUUGCUAGAUUUACUGACAUAAAUAAUGAGUUGCCAUCUCCUGCCGGUUUUAUGGCUAAUGCUAAUGAACUGUUUAUAUUUAUAAUGAAUGAAUGCUGA